AUGUACGAUUUGAGAUCUGUGGGGUGCACGAUCCAACGGUUGAAGUCGCGAAAUAGAGAGAGAGAGAGGCUCCAUCGCCCGAGGAGGCCCCAGGCCACCGCUUUCUUCCUUUCUUUCCCCUCGUUAAAUCCUUCGACCACGGAGCCGAAGGAAGGUUGCGAGGGAGGUGGGGGGGGGAGAGAGACAGGGAAAGCUGCUCUCCCGCUUUCUCUUUCUUAUUAUCAACCGUUGACCGGCGAUGGGAGCGGCGCCGGAGUGCCGAGGGCCGAUGAGCCGGAGGAGGGGCGACGACGGCGACGAGGACGAGGGCGUGGCCGGGUUAGCUCUUGGGGAAGCGAAGUGGUGCCGCCGGGGUUCCGGUUCCACCCGACGGACGAGGAGCUGGUGCUCUACUAUCUGAAGCGCAAGGUCUGCCGCCGCCGCAUCCGCCUCCCCAUGAUCGGCGACGUCGACGUCUACAAGUGGGAGCCCUGGGAACUCCCAGAAAGAUCACUGUUGAGGAGUGGUGACAAGCAAUGGUACUUCUUUAGCCCUAGAGACAGGAAGUACCCUAAUGGAUCGAGAUCCAAUCGAGCUACCAAAUGUGGCUACUGGAAGACUACAGGUAAGGACCGGACCAUCUCUCAGAACUCCAAGGCUGUGGGUAACAAGAAGACCCUUGUUUACUACCGUGGUCGUGCUCCUAAGGGAGAACGCACCGAUUGGGUCAUGUAUGAGUAUACCUUGGAUGAUCAGAUGCUUAUGAGCUGCAGCAACGUGCAGGAUUCUUAUGCUCUCUAUAAGGUCUUUAGGAAGAGUGGACCCGGUCCAAAGAAUGGGGAACAGUAUGGUGCACCUUUCGUAGAAAAGGAGUGGGAAGAUGAUAGCAAGGAAGACACCAUGCCUGGACAUCCUCAGGGUGGUGACUCCACUAGCAUGUUAGGUGAGGGGAGCAUGCUUCCAAUGGAUGAUCUGGAGGACCUUUUGCUACAAAUAUCGGAUGAACAAGACAUAAUUCCACAACCUUCUGAAUGUUCUGCAUUUGUUUCAGAGAUUGAUGUUGAAGCAGAAGAUGGGAGCCUUCCUGUGGUGCCGUCUCUUGGAGAUGCUAAUUUUACUGAACAGAACCUCAACUGGUGCGAACUGAGCAGCGAGGAGCCAGACUUUCAGAUCGCCAGGCCAGAUCCUGCUUACAUUCUGCCUACUGAGACUCCUGUGACAACAUCCACGAAUUGUUCCGAUCAGGGCCAACUCAAAGUUGAUGAAGAGUUCUUGGAAAUCAGAGAUUUCAAUGAUCCAGAGUCUACAGAGUGGAGAGUAGAUGAUGCCAGCAACAAGGACAUCAUUCAUGAAACUGGUGGAUUUUACGAUGCUUAUGAUUAUUUUGAUGCCACCAGGUUUUUAGAUGAAGAAUUCGUGCCUCUUGAUGGAGCAGGCCAGAAUCCAUAUUUUGAUGAAUGCCAAGCAUCUUUUAUCACCACUGAGCUCUGGACACAUGAGCAGGAUUUCAGCACGUCAACUGCUGGAGAGACAAAUCAUAUUAUCAUGGCACCACCAGCAUCAGGUAUUGUAAAUGCUAGUGCUCCAUCAAAUGUUGGGAAGAAUACCCAGGGGCAGUUUAGUUCUGUUAGAGAUGAUUCAGACUCUUGGUUCAGUUCGGCACUCUCAGCCUUACUAGAUUCUGUACCGAGCAGUCCUGCAAUAGCCUCAGAGAAUGCUUUAAUAAGUAGAGCAUUUCAACGUGUUUCGAGCUUCAGAGCAGGGCAGAUUGGUACUCAAGAACCAAAUGCCGCAACAGGUGGAGGCACUGUGGCCUCUGGGAGGCAGAGGGGGAGCCACAGUGGUGGAUUUCUUUUUAUCUCAUUCCUGGUUGGACUGGUUGCUGUCUUUUGGGUGCUGACAAUUGGAGCUGCAGUAAAAGUUUUCAAAGGUUUAUGGGGCAAGUUCAUAUCAUCAUAGACUUGCAGAUAUUUCCAGCAUCUAGUCAUUUCUUAAAUUUCUUCAUCAGGCUGCAAAAAUGGUACAUUAGUUCGUAGAUUCCCUGUUAACAAUAACAGCUGAAGGACUUGGACUAUCUCUUCCCAUGCCCGUUAAUUGCGUCCGGAGCAGGUUAGUGUUGUUAUAUUAUUCACAAACUGGACAAGGAAGUCCAUGGAUUGUAUUUAGCUGAAUGUUUGAAUGGUUUUGCUAUAAAAACGUUGAUCCACCUUGUGGUUAUGACAUGGAUGAAUUGCUUAAGGGGCGCCAAACAAAAAAAUAAAAUCAACAUUGUUGGAUCGCACCA